AGAGAAGGAGUGACAAUGGACCUAGCUAUGGAGAAAGCUAAGGGCAAGGUGCACCAGAACCUGGAGCAAUCUUUCCUGGCUACUCUGAGUAAUCCACAGGUGACAUUACUGUCUGUACACAAGAGGUGCUCUUUCAGGAGGAGCUCUGGGGUUCGGGGCUUGGCCAACCUGGAGUCUUCAGAGGAGAAAGAUCCUCCCCAGCCAGAAGAAGAAUUGUCACCGUGUGUUUUAACUAGAACCCUGGAAAGGAGUUCCCAGGUCUUACCUAAGCUUGCCAAGCCUGCACGUCCUUGGGAGCAAGCAAUGAAACAGAGCUUCGCCUUUGACAAUGUUGGCUAUGAGGGGGGUCUGGACCACACCUGCUCACUCCCAGCCACCACCAGUGUGGUUAGCAUCCUGGGCAUGACUUGCCACUCUUGUGUCAAGUCCAUUGAGGACAAGAUCUCGAGUCUGAAAGGCAUUGUGAGCAUUAAGGUUUCUCUGGAACAAGGCAAUGCCACCGUCAAGUAUGUGCCAUCAGUCAUGAACCUGCAGCAGAUUUGCCUUCAGAUUGAGGAUAUGGGCUUUGAGGCCAGCGCUGAAGAAGGAAAGGCAGCCUCCUGGCCGUCCAGGUCCUCCCCAGCCCAGGAGGCCGUGGUUAAGCUCCGUGUGGAGGGCAUGACGUGUCAGUCCUGUGUCAGCUCCAUCGAAGGCAAGAUCCGGAAACUACAAGGGGUUGUGAGAGUCAAAGUCUCCCUCAGCAACCAAGAGGCAGUCAUCACCUACCAGCCUUACCUCAUUCAACCUGAGGACCUCAGGGACCACAUCUGUGACAUGGGAUUUGAAGCUGCCCUCAAGAGCAGAACGGCCCCCUUAAGGCUGGGACCAAUUGACAUAGACAAGUUGGAAAACACUAACCUCAAGAGACCAGCAGUCUCUCCUAACCAGAACUCCAAUAACUCUGAGACCCCGGGGCACCAGGGGAACCACGUCGCCACCCUCCAACUGAGAAUAGAUGGGAUGCACUGUACAUCGUGCGUUUUGAAUAUUGAAGGAAAUAUAGGCCAACUCCCAGGGGUUCAAAAUAUUCAAGUGUCCCUGGAGAGCAAAACUGCCCAAAUACAGUAUGACCCUUCUUGUACCACCCCCUUGUCCCUGCAGACGGCCAUUGAGGCACUGCCCCCUGGGCACUUUAAGGUUUCUCUUCCUGAUGGAGUAGAGGGCGAUGAGCCUCAGAGAAGGUCUUCCAGUUUUCCCUUCCCUGGCUCUUCCCAGAGGCCUCAGGAGCAGGGCUGGUACAACACUGCACAGCUCACCAUCACUGGCAUUACUGGUGCAUCAUCUGUUCAGCCCAUCGAAGGCAUGCUGUCCCAGAGAAAAGGUGUGCGGCGAAUAUCCAUCUCUGUGGCUGAAGGGACUGCAACAGUUCUUUACGAUCCCUCAGUAGUUAGCUCAGAUGAGCUCCGAGUUGCUGUAGAAGACAUGGGAUUUGAGGUGUCAGUGAAUUCUGAAGACUUUCCUAUCAACCAUGUCAGAAACUUCAGCUCUGGGAAUUCUGUGCCACAUACCCUGGGUGGCACACCAGUGUCUGUGCAGAACAUGGCUUCCAACACUAGAGGGAUCCCUACAAACAGUAACCCCGGCCACUCGUCAGAUACCCCACCAUCGCCGGGAACAGCAGCAUCACAGAAGUGCUUUUUACAGAUCAGAGGCAUGACCUGCGCGUCCUGUGUGUCUAACAUAGAAAGGAGUCUUCAGAGGCAUGCUGGUGUUCUUUCUGUGUUGGUUGCCUUGAUGUCGGGGAAGGCAGAAGUCAAGUAUAAUCCAGAGGUCAUCCAGCCACCCCAAAUAGCUCAGCUCAUCCAGGACCUGGGCUUUGAAGCAACAGUCAUGGAGGACAAUACAGUCUCUGAAGGUGACAUCGAACUGAUUAUCACAGGGAUGACCUGUGCUUCCUGUGUUCACAACAUCGAGUCCAAGCUCACAAAAACAAAUGGCAUCACCUAUGCCUCUGUGGCCCUCGCCACCAGCAAAGCGCACUUGAAGUUUGAUCCUGAAAUCAUUGGCCCACGGGAUAUCAUCAAGAUUAUUGAGGAAAUCGGGUUCCAUGCUUCCCUGGCCCAGAGAAAUCUCAGCGCUCAUCACUUGGACCACAAGAUGGAAAUAAAACAGUGGAAAAAGUCUUUCCUGUGUAGCCUGGUGUUUGGCAUCCCUGUCAUGGGCUUGAUGAUCUACAUGUUAAUCCCCAGCAAUAAGCCCCAUGAGCCGAUGGUGCUCGACCAUAACAUCAUUCCAGGACUGUCCGUUCUAAAUCUCAUCUUCUUCAUUCUGUGUACCUUUGUGCAAUUCCUGGGUGGGUGGUACUUCUAUGUUCAAGCCUACAAGUCUUUGAGACACAAGUCAGCCAACAUGGAUGUGCUCAUCGUACUGGCCACAACCAUUGCCUAUGCCUACUCCCUCGUCAUCCUGGUGGUUGCAGUGGCUGAGAAGGCUGAGAAGAGCCCCGUGACAUUCUUCGAUACACCCCCCAUGCUCUUCGUGUUCAUCGCCCUUGGGCGGUGGCUGGAGCACGUGGCAAAGAGCAAAACUUCGGAAGCCCUUGCAAAACUCAUGUCACUCCAAGCCACAGAAGCCACAGUUGUGACCCUUGGUAUGGACAACUUAAUCCUCAGAGAGGAGCAAGUGCCCAUGGAGCUGGUGCAACGAGGUGAUAUCAUCAAGGUUGUCCCUGGGGGCAAGUUCCCAGUGGACGGGAAAGUCUUGGAAGGCAAUACCAUGGCAGAUGAGUCCCUCAUCACAGGAGAGGCCAUGCCUGUCACUAAGAAACCUGGGAGCAUAGUGAUUGCUGGUUCUAUAAAUGCUCAUGGCUCUGUGCUCAUUAAAGCUACCCAUGUGGGCAAUGAUACCACUUUGGCUCAGAUUGUGAAAUUGGUGGAAGAGGCCCAGAUGUCAAAGGCACCCAUUCAGCAGCUGGCUGACCGGUUUAGUGGAUAUUUUGUUCCAUUUAUCAUCAUCAUUUCAACAUUAACAUUGGUGGUAUGGAUUGUCAUCGGUUUUGUUGAUUUUGGUGUUGUUCAGAAAUACUUCCCUAACCCUAGCAAGCAUGUCUCCCAGACAGAGGUGAUCAUCCGUUUUGCCUUCCAGACGUCCAUCACUGUGCUGUGCAUUGCCUGCCCCUGCUCCCUGGGGCUGGCCACGCCCACAGCAGUUAUGGUGGGCACUGGGGUGGCUGCCCAGAAUGGUGUCCUAAUCAAAGGUGGCAAGCCUCUGGAGAUGGCACACAAGAUAAAGACUGUUAUGUUUGACAAAACUGGCACCAUUACCCAUGGGGUCCCGAGAGUCAUGCGGUUCCUGUUGCUUGUGGACAUGGCUACAUUGUCCCUCAGGAAGGUUCUGGCUGUGGUGGGCACUGCAGAGGCCAGCAGUGAGCACCCCUUAGGUGUGGCAGUCACUAAAUACUGCAAAGAGGAACUUGGAACAGAGACCCUUGGAUACUGCACAGACUUCCAGGCAGUGCCAGGCUGUGGGAUUAGCUGUAAAGUUAGCAAUGUGGAAAGCAUCCUGACUCACAGUGAUACGACUGGUCAUCUGAAUGGGGUUGGCAACUCUCCCACAGGAAAAGGUACAGGCCCCCAGACUUUCUCUGUGCUGAUUGGAAACCGAGAAUGGAUGAGGCGCAAUGGGUUAACCAUCUCCAGUGAGAUCAAUGACGCCAUGACAGAUCAUGAGAUGAAAGGACAGACAGCCAUCCUGGUGGCUAUUGAUGGUGUGCUCUGUGGGAUGAUUGCCAUCGCAGAUGCUGUUAAACCAGAGGCUGCCCUGGCUAUAUACACACUGAAGAGCAUGGGUGUGGAUGUGGCUCUGAUCACAGGGGACAACCGGAAGACAGCCAGAGCCAUUGCCACUCAGGUUGGCAUCAACAAAGUCUUUGCUGAGGUACUGCCUUCUCACAAGGUGGCCAAGGUCCAGGAACUCCAGAAUGAAGGGAAGAAAGUAGCCAUGGUGGGCGAUGGAGUGAACGACUCUCCAGCUUUGGCCCAGGCCGAUGUGGGAAUUGCUAUUGGGACUGGCACAGAUGUUGCCAUUGAAGCAGCAGACGUAGUUCUUAUCAGAAAUGACUUAUUGGAUGUGGUGGCCAGCAUUCAUCUCUCCAAGAGGACUGUCCGUAGGAUCCGUGUCAAUCUGGUGCUGGCAUUGAUUUAUAACAUGGUUGGAAUACCUAUUGCCGCAGGUGUCUUCAUGCCCAUUGGCAUUGUGCUGCAGCCGUGGAUGGGCUCAGCGGCCAUGGCAGCCUCCUCUGUGUCUGUGGUACUCUCCUCUCUGCAGCUCAAGUGCUAUCGAAAGCCCGACCUGGAGAGAUAUGAGGCACAGGCCCAUGGCCGCAUGAAGCCCCUGAGUGCAUCCCAGGUUAGCGUGCACGUUGGCAUGGAUGACCGACGGCGGGAUUCUCCUAGGGCCACAUCGUGGGACCAGGUCAGCUAUGUGAGCCAAGUGUCUUUGUCCUCCCUGACAUCAGACAGACUGUCUCGGCAUGGUGGCACAGCAGAUGACAGUGGGGACAAAUGGUCCCUGCUUCUGAGUGACAGGGACGAAGAGCAGUGCAUCUGAGCUCCAGGUGGCAGCCCUGGGCAGGCCAAGGUGCUCUUUCAGGUGACACUCAGUAUGGUUGAGGCUGCAGGCGCAGCCCCAACAAGCAGCAGUAAGGAGAGUAAAACUUAAUCACGAGCCCCAAAUGUCCUGCUAGCCUUCCCACAGUAUGUGGGAACUUGUCUGGUGUAUCUGCAGAGACUGUGUAGGUUUGCUCUUUCAGAAGCCUGCUAAGAUGGGCAAAGCACACUGCUGUCCCUGUUUUCCAUGUGGGCAAAGUCACACCCUGUUUGGAUUAUAGUACUGGAGAGGAAGCCAGCACUCUUCACAGUACUCUGCCUACUACAUUUGCAUAACUGUGUGAAAUGAGGGACCAUCAGUAUCAAACCCCUAGCCAAGCCCCAUGGAGACCUCCCAUGCAGAGAGCUCUCUCCAGAGCUUUCCCACACCAGGAGCUCCCAGAAAGCUUGGAGUUACAUAGCACACCUGGGCCACGUGAGUCUACGGGU